GGACGUCUGUCUCGCACCUCACGCUCGGCCUGUCACCUUCCUCACUCCUGCUCUUCCUCCUUAGGCUUUACUUCAGUAAAUACCUCCAUCAUCAAUUCUUCGUUUCUCUGCGAGACAUCCCUGGCUCCUCCUCUCUUAUGCCUCGCAUCCAACCAGCCCAGGUCUCGGUCAAUUGUAUCCCCUAAAAAGCUCCUGAAUGAAUGGAUGGAUGGACGGAUGGAUGGAUGGAUGGAUGAAUGGAUGGAUGAAUGAGAGCAUGCUUGGGGCGGGGCCAGGUGGGGUCCGGACCGGACCACUUGCAACCACGGAGUCCGCCAGGGGGUGGAGCUACGGUGGCCGCCUGCGUGGCUGUUUGCGCCUAGCGCUCCCGGAAGUCUCCCUGGGCGGAGGCGGAAACGGAAACCUACUUAGGGCCGAGUAGAAGCCUUUGCCGCGUGCGAAGGUUGCGGUCGAUUGGUGAUCCUGUGUGGAGGGAUACCGGAAGGGACAGGUCCGGGCUUCCCUCAUCGUUAGUGGUAGGAGCCAGAGGAUUCGGGGCUAGAGAGUCUAGAGAGGCCCAGUGGGCGGGACCCGAGAUUUGAGGGGCCGAGAGGGGCGUGGUCGCAGCGGGGCCAGAGGGGCCGAGGCCGGCGAACCCGGACCCAGGGCCGGUAGAGGAUCCUCGGGCCCUGAACUACCGGUCCCGCAGCCCUUAGGCCUCAUGGCGGUCCGAGCGUCUUUCGAGAACAACUGUGAGAUCGGCUGCUUUGCCAAACUCACCAACACCUACUGCCUAGUGGCCAUCGGAGGGUCAGAGAACUUCUACAGUGUGUUCGAGGGUGAGCUCGCCGAUACCAUCCCGGUGGUGCACGCGUCCAUCGCCGGCUGCCGCAUCAUCGGACGCAUGUGUGUGGGCAACAGACACGGUCUCCUGGUGCCCAACAACACCACUGACCAGGAACUGCAGCACAUUCGCAACUGCCUCCCAGACUCAGUACAGAUCCGGCGGGUGGAGGAGCGGCUCUCAGCCCUGGGCAAUGUCACCACAUGCAACGACUAUGUGGCUUUGGUCCACCCAGACCUGGACAGGGAAACAGAAGAAAUUCUGGCUGAUGUGCUCAAGGUGGAAGUCUUCAGACAGACAGUGGCUGACCAGGUGCUAGUAGGAAGCUACUCUGUCUUCAGCAAUCAGGGAGGCCUGGUACAUCCCAAGACUUCAAUCGAAGACCAAGAUGAGCUGUCCUCUCUUCUUCAGGUCCCCCUUGUGGCAGGCACUGUGAACCGAGGCAGCGAGGUGAUUGCCGCGGGGAUGGUGGUGAACGACUGGUGUGCCUUCUGUGGCCUGGACACAACCAGCACAGAGCUGUCAGUGGUGGAGAGUGUCUUCAAGCUGAACGAAGCCCAGCCGAGCACCAUUGCUACCAGCAUGCGGGAUUCCCUCAUCGACAGGUGCGUGGGCCUCUCUUCUGCCUUUGGAGGGUAGGGGAAGGAGAAGCCA